AUGGGAGAUCGACCACCAGUUGCGAAUGAUACUAAGGCUCUUAAGGCUUUCUAUGAGCCUAAAAUCAAUGAUAUUCAGUCGAGCAUUGUCAGGCCAGCGAUCGAGGCCAACACUUUUGAGAUCAAACCGAGCACUAUUCAGAUGGUUCAGAACUCAGUGCAUUUUGGGGCAUCAGGUGGAGCUCUAUUGACUAAGAGCUAUGAUGAGGCUUAUGAGUUGAUCGAGAUGAUGGCUGCAAAUGAAUAUCAGAAUCCUACUCAGCGUCUUCAUCAGGGCAAAGCAGCAGGGAUUCUCGAUGUUGAUGCUACUACAGCCUUGACUGCUCAGCUUAAGGCUCUUACUAUGAAGGUGGAUUCUUUGAUUGCUAACGCGUUGAUAAACAGACCACAAGGAACUCUUCCUAGUGAUACCGAGGCCAAUCCGGGUAAGAGGGAAGUGAAAGAACAGGUGCAGGCAGUCACCUUGAGAUCCGGAAAGGUUACGAAGGAUAAAGACUCAGCAACAGAGCAAAGCAAGGAGGAGAGCGAUCCACAGGUUGAAACACCCGUACUCUCACCUAAGUCUGAUAGUGAAAAAACUGUUUUUGAUGCUGACAAGAAUGAAAUCAACGAGGAAGCAAGCAAGAAAUCAGCCGAGAAGUCUAGUCCGAAAGCUGAUAUUGGGGUCAAGCAAGUAUAUCCACCUCCCCCUUUUCCGAAGGGACUUCAGAAGCAUAAGCUCGACAAACAAUUCGCUAAAUUUCUAGAGGUUUUCAAGAAAUUACAUAUCAACAUACCUUUUGUGGAGGCUCUAGAACAAAUGCCGAGUUAUGCUAAAUUUAUGAAAGGUAUUCUAUCUCGUAAGCUGAAGCUUGAGGACUUGGAGACCGUUGCUCUAACGGAAGAGUGCAGUGCGGUGCUACAGCAGAAAUUACCUCCGAAACUCAAGGAUCCGGGGAGUUUCACAAUACCGUGUACCAUUGGACCAUUGUCAUUCGACAAGUGUUUAUGUGACUUGGGAGCUAGCAUUAAUCUGAUGCCAUUAUCUGUCUUCAAGAAACUUGGUUUGCCAGAGCCGAAACCUACAAACAUGUACUUACAACUAGCUGAUCGGUCCAUCACAUACUCGAGAGGUAUAGUGGAAGAUGUCUUGGUUAAGGUGGAUAAGCUCAUCUUCCCUGCGAAUUUUGUCUUCCUAGACUUUGAGGAGGAUAAGAAGAUUCCCAUUAUCUUGGGAAGGCCAUUCUUAGCUACUGGCCAAACUUUGAUCGAUGUGCAAAAAGGAGAGCUUACUAUGAGAGUUCAAGAUCAAAGUGUCACUUUUAAAGUUUUCAACGCAAUGAAAUUUCCAACCGACGAAGAAGAAUGCUUUAAGGUGGAGCCACUAGAAGCUGUUGAAAAGGUUCCUAGAAGGAGGUUAAAGGAUGGAUUCGAGGUCAAAGGAUGGAGAAAACGGUGUAAGAAUCAAGCGAGUGAGGAGGGAGAAAAAGGCAAAGCAAUUUCAGAAUUUCUCGAUCCUGCCCAAAUGGGGUCUCCACCCCACUUACGGGGUCUCCACCCCAUUCUGAAGAAGAAAAGCCUGCCCAAAUGGGGUCUCCACCCCACUGAUGGGGUCUCCACCCCACUUCAACAGAAAAAGGGUCUGCCCAGACGGGGUCUCCACCCCACUGAUGGGGUCUCCACCCCACUGACGGGGUCUCCACCCCACUCUGACGGGAGAAAAAGCCCAAAUUGCCUAUUCUUGAUCCGUUUGAAGGCCCGAUCGCUGUGGGACUUAAAUCAAAGCUCAAGGGCGAAGUAA